AUGGCACGUCAACUAUUUGUUAUAGUCCUCAUUUUUGUAGCCAUGACCGGCAUGGUUAUGGCUCAAGUAGCUCCAUCUACAUCACCUAUAUCAUCACCGUUAUUAGAAUCAGCACCAAAAGCAGCAACAUCAUCAUCAAAAGCCCCAAAAGCAGCAAUAUCAUCAUCAACAACACCAACAUCUUCUCCGACAGCUUCUCCUUUAGCUCCAUCACUAGCACCUUCAACUUCUAAUGAAGAAGAAGAUAUUUCAGCCCCUCCCGCACAAGCCAGUGACCCCAUUGAGCUUUUCGCUCCUGGACCCGCCCCUGUUAGUGAUGGCUUUGCUCCCGGGGCCUCCCCAGCAGCCGAUGAGGCUACCAGUGGUGCCUCAACUAUUCAAUUUUCUGUUGCUGCCGUCAUCGUCGUUGUUGUUGGCUUUGCCUUCUAA